AUGAAAUCCGACAAAGGCGCAUGGCUUGCAGUGGCUAUUUAUGUGGUUCUCCUUGCUAUGUUCUUUGGAAAAAUCGAUGAGGUGGCAAGUUACGCCGGCAGUUCAUGUCCAGUUUCCUCCAUUACUAGCGUAAAAAAUCUCGACAAAUAUACCGAGCUAACACCACCCGAGGGGUGCUGCAAAGCCAUUAAAAAGAUGAACACUAGUGACCUUUGCAAUCUCAUCAACCAAACCUCCAUUAUUGUGAAGAACAUUACAAAGGCAGUCUAUAAAAACUGUACUCAUCACGCUCUCCGGUGCCAAGACUCGUUGCCCGCACCUCAUCCCGUCUCCCCUAUGUCUUAA